CAUCGGUACACUCCCUCGCGUCACGCGUGUGUGUCCUUCCACGGCGCAGGCGAUAACGUAUGCGUUCGCCAGUUCUUUCGAAGACGACGUGCCAGCGACAUGAGAGUGUCGUAGACUCGGCGUAGUUUGAAUAGACAAAAUAACGCGCGAAUAGUAUUUAACUACGGUCGGGCAUGGGGGACGAGACGAAAAAACCGACGAGCGGCGACGAUGAAGAUUGGAACUACACGGGACCGAAUGCAAGCAUCAUGUGGCCUCUUCACUAUCCAGACGCUGGAGGCGAGAAACAGUCUCCUAUCAAUCUGGUCUCCAUGGACGCCAUACACGACGCGUCACUGGAGCAGACGCCGUUACAAUUCCACUAUGAGGCAGACGGAGACUGGGAGCUGUGCAACGGCGGAAAUCUGCUUAAUGUGACUUACAAGGCUGCUUCUGGAGAUAGUUACUUCAGUGGCGGUGUACCAAACAGCGACUAUAAACCAGCAUUGAGCGGCGGGCCACUUCCAAAUGGACACGAGUUUACACUGGCCGAUCUCAGGAUGCACUGGGGCAAAGAUGGUUCAAAGGGAUCGGAGCACACCGUCAACGGAAAAGCCUUUCCGAUGGAGGUACACCUGGUGCACUGGAACAGCACCCUGUACAGGUCGCUGGGCGCGGCAAUUGGAAAAGAGAAUGGCAUCGCCAUUAUAGUGAUCUUUGUACAGGUAGGACGGGAGCACAGCGGUUUGAAACGCAUUACGGACAACCUACACGAAGUGCAGUACAAGGAUCGAAAAUAUAACAUAUCCGAAUUCGACCCCAGUUGGUUGCUUCCUGAUCCCAUGCUUCGAGAUUAUUGGGUGUACGAGGGAUCAUUGACAACGCCCCCCUGUAGCGAGAAUACAACUUGGGUUAUCUUUCGCUAUCCACUGACAUCAUCUCAUUCCCAGAUGGAAGAAUUCAGGCGCCUGCUUACCUACCCGAAAGGGGGAUCGCCAUCUACCGGAGUCGAUGCGAAUCUUGUUGACAACUUCAGACCAGCACACCCCCUCAACAAUCGCGUCAUCCGCGCGUCAUUUCCAGUCUAAUAGCACACGAUCCACGCCAUUCCAUGAUGCGCAUAACUUUAAUGCGCUAACCCAAUAUACAUACAGAGUGCAUACAGAAGGAAUUAGGGACUUUAUACACGCACAGAAUUAUGGGUAUAAGAUCGUGCGCCUACCAUAUUUUUUCCGAGAGAAAUUAACUGAUUCCGGGCCCCUGGCUGCUAUCAGGUUGAUGGUGCUCCACAAUGUGAAGCAGGUACUGGGGAAGAGGCCAUCUCACUUGGUUUCUCGGACAUUUAUACUCGUACAUCAAUUUUAUGGAUGAGAGGCAAGCCAUGGCAGCUGAGUUCGUUGUUGAUAAGUUUUAUUUCUGCAUGUUUUAGUUGUAUUUCGUUGAGCGCAACAUGAUAAAACCAAGGACGUUUUUCACAAGGCCAUAUUACACGUAGUUAUAUGCUCUGUAAUUAUAUAUGGUUAUACUUUAUAAUUACAUAUAGUUGUACCAUUGAUUUACA